CUUCCCGCCCCGCAGUAAGGCUCACGUUGGUGCGUGCUCCAGCCUGGGCGGCUUGGGAAGCUCCGAGCGCCCGUAGUUCAGCCUGCGGUUAACAGGUGUCUGAAGCGUUUUGGAACAGAGACCAGUCAGCUCCCGCAAGCCUUAAGGUAGGAUUGGGUAUUCCCCUGAAAAGACCACAAGUUUGAUCUCAAAUCAUGCCCAUCUAGGAUCUUGAGAAUUAGAAAGAAGCAAGGACCAUUAGGCUCUUGGGAUCUUCAGAAUUUGCAAGGGGGCAACUUCUAUGAAGACUAUGAAGUGCUUAGAUUCCAUGGCAGUAAGCAGAAUAGAAGUCAGCUUCGGAGGUAGCUGUUGCUGGUUACGUACAAGGCCAAUUUGAGAUACACGCAAAAACAGAUAUGCCUUUGUGGCCCCAGUGAUGGUGCAAGCCAUGAAGUUGUGUUGCAGAUGUGAUGUGUGUUCAGUUUUGCUUUUACAGUGACUCAUUUUGAAAGAUACAUAUUUAUUGAGAUGCAAGAUGUCUGCCCUGAGGCUGACUUCUAAUAGAACUUCCCAGCAGGCCUCGUCUAACUCUGAUUACACCUGGGACUACGAGUACUAUGAGUACGGACCAGUGUCAUUUGAAGGCCUGAAGGCUCAUAAAUAUUCCAUUGUGAUUGGAUUUUGGGUUGGUCUUGCAGUUUUUGUCAUCUUCAUGUUUUUUGUCCUGACCCUGCUGACGAAGACAGGAGCACCUCAUCAAGACAAUGCAGAGCCUUCUGAAAAAAGAUUUCGCAUGAAUAGCUUUGUGGCAGAUUUUGGAAGACCUCUGGAGUCUGAGAGGGUCUUUUCUCGUCAAAUGGCUGAAGAAUCCCAGUCACUUUUCCAUUUCUGUAUUAAUGAAGUGGAACAUACGAACAAAGCAAAAGAGAGUCAGAAAGGUCCAGGUCUGGAGAGUAAUAUCCACUUCCAGGAGGUUCCCAGAAGCAGUGGAGUGUUCGAGGAAGACCUACAUUGUCUUCCAAAAUUUAACAUUCCUAACUUUGUGAACACUGAGCAGAACUCUUCAUUAGGUGAGGAUGAUCUCCUCAUCUCAGAGCCACCAAUCAUUUUAGAAAGCAAACUGGUCAUGCAAUCUUCCCAUCGGAUCCUUGACUGAAAAAAUCUUUUAUGUUAAGGUAAAAGAUUGUCCAGUUUGGACCCUUUCUUGGCCUUCUGCUAUUCUGACAGAAGGUAUUUCAGACCUGUGCUUUUUAUUGUAUGUAAGACUGGCUGUGCUACUAGAACUCAGUUUAAACAAGAAGUAAAACACUAAAUGCUUUAUUAUGAUGUUUUCUGUGGUCUAAACUUUUUGCCCAGCCAGCGUUAUUUUUGCUUCGUGAUUUUUUUUUUUGUUUCUUGUUUUGUUCUUUGAUUUUAAAGGACUGCUUAUGACCAGCUUCUGAAGGAUCCCGUAACAAUUUAUGAGGACUGUGAGGGCUGGAGCCUGGUACUGGGAAGUGUGUGAAAAUUCCUUGGCCAAGAAAAGUGUAAAUCUCAAAGUGAGACUGAAGUAAGGAAUAAACAGGCAGCCUCUGGGGAGGUUCUGUAGCUUCUGCUACUUCCAGUAACGAUGCCUGAAACUAAGCAGCACAAUAAAUAUCUGCUUGGGAUUAGCUUCAGUUUCUGAUUCCUAACUGUUUUUGGUGUAGGUUAAAGCCAAUUUACAAAGCUUCCAGAGGGAAUACCUUGGAAAUUAAAUUGUUUGGCUACAGUGUUUACAAAAUGCCAUCACCACAUGCUGCUGACUAAAAGCAAAUUGGUGCCUGUACUUACAGUACUUCAGAGUGACAUUCCAACAGCUGCCCAGUGAUGAUGAGGAAUUAGUAUUCUACACACAAACACAGACCGUGAUUUGACUCUUUUUUUUUUUGGUUGUUUUAAUUGCUGAUGUGAACUUCCAGUUCAGCAAGUGUAGGAUUCAGUAGCUAAAUCACAGGAAAUAA